AUGAAUAUUUAAUAACAGACACAACAAACACUAACUAGAAAUUUAAGUUAAUAAGUUUGUGAUUUACAUAAGAAAUAAAUAUCUGGAGUAUGUUUAGAAGAUGUAUGUAAAUACUCUUCAAGAAUCUUAUGUAGUGAUUGUUAAUUCACACAUUAAAAAUGUAAUAUGAAAAUGGAAAUCAAACAAUUUCAAAAUGAAUUAUCAUAUAUUCUCAAUCCUGAAUUACAUAAAGCUACCUGCCAUUAUUUUCCUGAACAUUCAAAAUUAUUGAAAUAUAUAGAUGAGUCUUUUGACAAAGCCAAAAAUAAGUUUAAACAUCACAUUUUAGAUCUGGAACAAAAAUAAUUAGCAUUUAUAUUAUAAGAGUAAGGAAUAAUUAUAAAUUCUAACUAAUCAAAUCGCUGGGCUUAAUAAUUAAUUAAUAUGAAAAAUCUUAAUCUAAAUAAAUAAGAAUAUGAUUCAGCUGUUUCAAUGCUUAAAGAGAAAUAAUCUUUUGAUAAAACAGUAGUAAAUGAAAUAAAGCAAGUUUUUGAUAAAUUUCAUCUAUUAAAUAAAAAUGUUUUAUAAUAAAUAUUGGUAAACUUUAGAUUAUAAAAUUUUGAAUAUGAUGUCCAAUAAUUAUAUGAUGAUGCUACUAAAACAUUGAAUAAGACAAACAAUGAAUAUAUAUAUGAUAUAGAGGAUAAGAUUAAAUAAAAUAGAUUUAAAUCUUUAAAUGGAGGACAUGAAUCUGAAGCUUCCAUAGUAUCUAUUACCGAAAGUCCUACUCAUUUAAUAUCUGGAAGUGAUACAGGAAAUAUAGUUGGGUGGUUAAAGCCAAACUAUUCUUUAGAUUUUAGAAUGAAGGCAAAUGAAGGAUUAAGUGCUCUAGCAGUAGCUAAAUUAUAAGAUUAAUAUUAUUUAUUUGCUGGAGGAUAGGGUAUUAUAACAGCUUUCUCCUUGUAGUCUAAAUUAAAAAUCUAUAAUCUUAAUGGUCAUACAUAAAGAAUAUCUAAAUUAUAGUCAUACUCUUUAAGAAAUUUGAUUUCAUCUUCUUAAGAUGGUACUAUAAAAUUAUGGGAUUUGAAAGAAAGAAAAUAAUUUAAGUCUUUUAAUGCUCAUUAAGGUCCUGUAUCAGAUUUUGUAUUAGAUAAAGAAUUGGUUUCAGUUGGUUAAGAUGGUUAAAUGAAUUUUGUAUAAUUAUAAUUAAUAAUUAGAUUGAUUUAGCAAGUCAAACAAUAAGAAAAUCAACUUAGUUCUAAAUUCCAAUAUUUUGUAUAGGAUAAAUUAAAUAGGGGAAGUAUGCUCUUGGAAUGGGAGAUGGUAGCAUAAAAAUUUUGAAAGGGACCAAAACAAGGGAUUAUAAAGUUAGUGAAGAUGUAAUUUAUAGGUAGAAAUUAAUUAUGAUUAAAUAGAUUGUUACCUUUAAAUAAUAAAUAGAUAGUUUGUUAUUCAGGGGAUGGUUAUUUAUGUGUAAUAAACUUAAAAAAGUCUACUAAGAUAUUCAAAAGUGCUAUUUAGAAGGAUGGAUAAUGGUAAGAACUCUGUUAAAUUGAUAAAUAAAUGAUGAUACCACAUUAGGGCAAUAUUAGAGUUUAUUAGAAAUGA